AUGAGGUCCAGGAGGUCGCGACCCGGGACGGCCGACGCGCUGCUGCUGGCGGUGGUGGCGGUCGGCGUGCUGGUCGUGGCCAAGCUGGUCGCCGUCGCGGACGCCGCGGAGCGCCACAGCAGGAGCCUCGUCUUCCGGCCCGGCAGGGUGCAGGUGAUUAUUGGUUUCGGAAUCCCACUAAGCUUGCCGCACCAGUCAGUGACGACGGGCAUGCUCCUCAAGAGCAACUACCUGACGCCGUCCAACGUCAGCAUGUACACGCGGCCCCAGGAGUACUUCUCCAGCCGCAGCGCGCGGGCCGCCGCCAACACCCCGGACGCCGGCGGCCUCACCGAGCACCUGGCCAGCCGCUGGGACCUGUACACCGCCCUGCAGGGCACGCUGGAGCAGCUGGGCGGCGGCGCGGGCAGCGGGCGGCAGUGCUUGCUGAGGGCGGUCUGCGAGGCGGCGGCCUUCACCGUCAGGCACGACGGGCUGCUGGGGGAGCUGCUGCACGUCCUGCUCACGCCGUCCACCACUCGGGAGCGCGUGCUGCUGCACCAGGACCACGAGUUCCACGCGGCGGAGGCGGCCGGCAGGCGGGCCAGGGCCGCCCAGGACCCCGUCGACACGUGCGCCAGGACGUUCCGCGGCUGCGCCACCUCCACGCUCGACAUGUUCUCGCGCAUCCACGACUUCCGUUCUUGGCCAAUAAAUUGA